AUGUCGACGAACAACAAUGAUCAACAAUAUGUACCAAUGCUCAUUUCAAAAGAUUCUCAUUCACUAGAAACAAAGAAUAUGUUUGUUUCACCACCAACAACAUCAUCAGCAAUAGUUCAAGUAACAAACAACAUAAUGAAGCCGCGUGAACGUGACAAUUGGAGUAAUCGUAUUGUUUAUCUUCUAUCAAUUAUUGGAUUCGUUGUCGAUCUCGGUAACGUUUGGCGUUUUCCAACAACAUGCUAUCGAAAUGGUGGUGGAGCUUUUCUUGUUCCGUAUUUUACUUUCUUAUUUCUUGUUGGUCUUCCAUGUAUGUAUUUGGAAUUGGCUAUCGGACAAUAUCAUCGUCUCGGCUACAUAACAAUAUGGAAUAAAAUAUGUCCACCAUUGAAAGGUAUUGGCUAUUCAAUGUUAAUCAUCAAUUUAUAUGUUCUAUCAUAUUAUAAUACAAUUAUUGCAUGGUCGGUUCAUUAUUGUAUAGCAUCAUUUCGUUUUAUUGUACCAUGGACAUUUUGUGACAACGAAUGGAAUACACCCUUAUGCUAUUCUUUACAUAAUAAAGGAGCAUUGCAAGUUGCACAUAAUGCAUCGUGUUCAUCAACAGAUGAAUAUUAUGAACGGCGUAUGCUUAAAUCUCAUUUAUCACCCAGUAUUAAUCAAUUAGGUUCAUUACAAUGGGAACUGGUUGGAUGUUCAAUGAUUGUUUUUUUUCUCAUUUAUGCAUCAAUUUUUAAAGGUGUUAAAACAGCUGGUAAAGCAAUAUGGUUUACAGCAUUAGUACCCUAUGGUGUAUUAAUUAUUUUAUUAUUACGUUCGUUAACACUUGAUGGAAUACUCGAAGGCUUAAAAUAUUAUGUAGCACCAUCAUUUACACGUUUAAGUGAAUAUUCAGUAUGGCAAGCAGCUGCUGUACAAAUAUUUUUUAGUUUAGGACCUGGCUUUGGUGUUCUACUAAGUUAUGCAAGUUUUAGUAAUACACAUGAUAAUGUAUCUAGUACAGCUUUAAUAGCUAGUUUUGUUAACUGUUGUACUAGUUUAUUAUAUGGUACAGUUGUAUUUGCUGGUUUAGGCUAUUUAUCACAUCGAUUACAUAGUGAUGUACGACAAUUUACUGAGAGUAAUAUGGGUCUUGUUUUUGUUGUUUAUCCAGAAAUUUUAACAUCCAUACGUGGUGCACCAUUUUUUUCCAUCCUUUUCUUUAUCAUGCUUCUUACAUUGGGACUUGAUAGUGUAUUUGCCGGUGCAGAAAGUAUUUAUACAGCAAUAUCUGAUGAAUUUCCAAUAUUAGCUCGUCGUCCUCGUUUAUCACGUGCAUGUGUUGUAUUAGUCCCAUUUUUAGCAUCAAUACCAACAUUAACACAUGGUGGAAAAUAUAUUGUUCAUUUUAUGGAUUUUUUUGGUACAUCACCAUCAAUAAUGUUUGUAGUUCUAUGUGAACUUAUUGCAACUGUAUGGCUAUAUGGGAUCGAUAGAUUUAGUAGUGACGUUGAAACGAUGACUGGACACAAGCCAAGUAUUUAUUGGCGUAUAACUUGCCGUUAUGUCGCACCAUUGAUACUUCUUAUUCUUUAUGUUUGCUCAUUUAUUCAAUUUGAUAGUCAAGAAUUUUCUUCAUUUGGUGAAGGAAAUACUGCAUUAAGAGUAAGUAUUGCUGGGUGGACUAUUAGUGCAAUAUCAACAUUACCUAUACCAAUCUAUGCAUGUUGGUGGUUAUUAUUUCGACGUCAAGCAUAUCUUGCUGAGCAAAAAACAAAAACCGCAACUGUUCUACCAGAAACAAUGCCAACAAAGGGGCUCAAUGAACAAGAAGCUUUUAUAUAG